AUGCCGUCUUCGUCGCCGCCACUGUUCACCACUCCGCUCACUCGCCUCUUCAACAUCAGCCACCCCGUCAUGCUCGCAGGCAUGAGCGUGGCUGCAGGCCCCACGCUCGCUGCUGCCGUCACCAACGCCGGAGGUAUCGGCGUCAUUGGCGGCAUACACUACACCCCCCGCAUGCUCCAAGAGGCCAUCGACGACCUCAAGAGCCAGCUAGAGAACAAGGAUGCUCCCUUUGGCGUCGACCUCGCCCUCCCCCAGGUUGGCGGACACGCCCGCAAGACAAACUACGACUACACAAAGGGCCAGCUCCCCGCCCUCACCGACAUCAUCAUCAAGAACAAGGCCGCCCUCUUCGUCUGUGCCGUCGGCGUCCCUCCUAAAGACAUGGUCGACAAGCUGCACGCAGCCGGUAUCCUCGUCAUGAACAUGGUCGGCCACCCCAAGCACGUCCACAAAGCCCUCGCGCAAGGUACCCCCACUUUCGGUAAGCCUGACAGAUGA